AUGGAAGAGGCGGCAGAGAAGGAGGCCUGCAGAACAGCCGGCAGCCGGCCAGGCCUGGACAGCGAAUACUACCACCUCGGCGACCUGCAUCGCCCCGUGUCCACCAGCAGUCCCAUCGCCCAGACGUGGUUCAACCGAGGCCUCGUCUGGUGCUACGGCUUCAACCACGAAGAGGCCGCAAAAUGCUUCGAGCGCGCCAUUGCCCACGACCCGGGCUGUGCCAUGGCCUACUGGGGCCUCGCGUACGCGCUGGGGCCAAACUACAACAAGCCCUGGGACCUGUUCGGCAGGAGAGAGAUUCAGAACGCGGCGGGCCGGACACACCACGCCAUCGAAAAGGCAAAGGCCUGCGCCGACUCUGCGACUCCCGUCGAGAGAGCUCUGGUUGAGGCUCUUCGGUACCGAUAUCCCAGGGCGGACGCGCCAACCAAGACGGACCGCCCGAUAUGGAAUCGAGAAUACGCCGAUGCCAUGGCCUCGGUUGCGGCCCAGUAUCCCGACGACCUGGACGUUGCCACCUUGUACGCCGAUUCCAUGAUGAACCUCACGCCCUGGGCUCUCUGGGACAUCCGCACCGGUAACCCAGCCCCGGAUGCCCGCACGCUGGAAGUGAAGCGAGUCCUGGACCACGGCAUGUCUCUGCAAGGCGGCAGCCGGCAUCCAGGCCUGCUCCAUCUCUACAUCCAUCUCAUGGAAAUGUCCAAUACACCAGAGGCAGCUAUGCCAGCAGCCAACAACCUUCGGGGCCUCGUCCCAGACUCGGGCCACCUCAACCACAUGCCCAGCCAUCUCGACAUUCUCGUAGGAGACUACUCCAGAGCCGUCGCCGCCAACUCCGAUGCCGUGCGCGCCGACGAAAAGUUUCUGAAGCGCGAAGGCCCCAUGAACUUUUACACGCUCUAUCGCAGUCACGAUUACCAUUUCCGCUUAUACUCUGCCAUGUUCUCGGGCCAGUCCAAGGUGGCCCUUGAGACGAUAGAGCAGCUCGAAGCGAGCUUCUCAGAAGAGCUUCUCCGCGUCGAGACACCCCCCAUGGCAGACUGGCUGGAGGCCUUUCUCGCCAUGCGCGUGCACGUCCUCAUCCGCUUCGGCAGGUGGAAAGACAUUCUGGCGCUGAAAAUGCCCGAGGACCAGGAUCUCUACUGCGUAACCACGGCUCUGACACACUAUGCAAAGGGCAUGGCCUACGCAGCACUGGGCCAGGUAGACGAAGCUCGCGAACAACGCCAGCUAUUCGCCGAGUCUGUGCCCCGAGUCAAACCCAGUCGCACCCUCUUCAACAACAAAUGCAUCGACAUCCUUUGUGUUGCGGAAUCCAUGCUCGACGGCGAAAUUGAAUAUCGGUCCGCCAACUACCACGCCGCCUUUGCCCACCUCCGCGAAUCCAUCGUCAGAUACGACGGCCUCCCUUUUGACGAGCCCUGGGGCUGGAUGCAGCCUGCGAGACAUGCCUAUGGCGCACUUUUACUCGAACAGGGCCAUGUCAGCAAAGCACUAGCUGUGUAUAGCGCAGACCUGGGUAUCGAUGAUUCUUUGCCGCGAGUACAUCGCCAUCCUAAUAAUGUCUGGGCACUGCAUGGCUACCAUGAGUGUUUGGUCAAGUUGGGCAGGAUAGGGGAGGCGAAGGAGGUGGAAGGCCCGUUGAGGAAAGCCAUGGCUGUGGCAGAUGUGCCUGUUACGUCUUCGUGCUUUUGUAGAUUGAGGACGGCCAAGAUAUGA